CCUGCCUGCCACUUAUUUUUCCCUGCGCACAGCAAGGAUGACUUCGGGAACUUUUUUUCAAAUCUCUCCUUUCCCAAAACAAAGAUGGCGUCCCACUUCCGGCUCUGGGCUCUCGCUGGUGGCAGCGUGGACCAUGGCAGCCCAGGAAGCCGCCGCAGGGAGCCUGUCCCCGGAGAGCUGUGUGUUGGAGCUGCCUUCCACCUAUGACAUCGGCCAUUUCGUGCUGCAGAGACCCAGCCAGGAGCCCAGCAGCGAAGCUUUGGGUCCUCCUGUGGAAUUCCAGUCUCUUCCUUGCUCUUCUGAUGUGGAUUCAGACACUUGUAACCUAAAUACUGAACCAAAGGACUCUUGGGCCUCCGAGAACUACAGGACUUAUGCUUCUGUGGAAGGCCAAUCAGAAACUGAGGAAGAGGAUGGGGGACUUCGGAAGGCCCUGGAUGUAUUCUAUGAAGCGUUUGGCCGUCCACAGCCGGCCUCCAGGAAUCCUCUCUCUGUCCGCAUGUGCCAGUGCCUGACUCAGAAGAUCACAGAGCUCAGGGGCCAGGAGAGCCAAGCGUACACCCUCCGCACUUUCCAGAUGGCCCGGGUCAUCCUCAGCCGGGAUGGCUGCUCAGUCCUGCAAAGACACUCCAAGGACACCUGCUUCUACCCGCUGGAGGAGACAGCUGCAUCUCUGGAUGACGAAAAGCCAAUCCCAGGACUGUCAGCAGAUGUCAUCCGCUUCCUCUUGCAACAGAAGGUCAUGAAAGAGCCGUAACAGGUGCCUGGAGCUGGGCACAGGCAGAAGGUGCUGGGAAACAGCACUGUGGCUGGUGCUAACGCUGAUCCAGGGUUCUCUUGGGUGUUGGGCCCGUUGUGUGUGCCCAUCCCCCGGCGAAGAGCUUUCAAGGCUGGCACCAGAGGCCUGAUCCC